UACAACGCUCGCGUCAUUUAGUGUUUCACGCAAUACCGUGUGGUCAUACCUUCUGUGUUUUCGACACAUUUUAAAAUUUAACAUGUCAGUGGAUAUCAACCUACAAUCUUCACAUCUUGAGUCUGGUGUUGAGCUCUUGAGUCUCGAUUCUGUAAAACGCCCUGGUACUAGUCAUGAUAAAUUCAAGGAAGGCUUCAAUACUGGUUCUAGCCACCGUGAACCCAAGCAUGGCUACAUCCCUGAUCCAAGUCAUCGUACAUCCGAUGAAGAAGCCAACCCAAUUGUUAAAUCUGAUGGACAACAUUCUGCUACCCCAACUCAUUAUUCUGUAAAUGAACUCUAUGCUGCCACGUCUGGCCAGUCGGGUGAAGAUGAAAUAAUUCCUAAAACUGAUUCUAUGGAAGAGAUAGACGCAGAAGAGAAAACAUCGACCCUGCAAGAAAACAAGCCCACCGUGAACGUGGAAAUCAUGGCUAAUACUGGUAGUCAUGCCCGAACUGAUCACAACAAUCCAACGUCUGUUGAGUACCACUACAUUGACGACAUCCCCGACUCCGCCUAUCAACAGGCGAUGGAAGAAAACCAACUGGAAGCCGAAAAUGAUUAUGAAUGUAUUGCUGAAACCAAUCCUGGUUAUGAUUACAUUGAACCAAUAAACGAUCCACGUACGUUUUCGGAAAGGAAGUGUAAGAGGGGUAUUGUUUUUCUCGUACCCAUAUUUGCUGGCGUAGUAGUGAACUUCAUAGCUGGGCUCUUCUUUACGACCUUUCCGCUGCAGUUCACCAGUAAAGUUGGAGGGAUGGUAUUCAUAGUGGUUAACGCGCUGGCAGCUGCCUUCUGUGCCCCGCUUAUGAUCAGAUACGGCUUCCGCAAGGUCGCUUUCGGCGGAAGUGUUCUACUCAUCUUAUCCUGUAUCUCGUCGUCAUUGACAACCAGAGAUGACAUUAAGAUAGUCACCACAUUCAUCAUCAUGAAAGGUUUUUCUGUUGGUCUUCUUCGAUCUACUGGAGUCGUGGCAACAGUCGACUAUCUCAACACUCGCCCAACUCUCGCAAUUAUCAUCAGCUACUUUAGCUUCAUCAUCGGGAUGUUUGGUUAUCUAUUCAACUUCAUUCGCUCCCCAAUAGGGCUUGAGAUACCUGCUAUAUUGGGACUUGUGGCUGCUUUGUUUCUACAAAAGAACUCACAGACCCAUCAGAAUGUGACCAAGCUCUUCAAACAUCCACCGUUUUAUGUCCUCGCAUCGAUAACAGUUGUCUUUCUAUGGGUAGGUAUUUUAGAGGUUGUUAAUUGA